AUGGGUGUUGAAACUUUCUUGAUUUUUGCUGAAGAAAAUGCUAGCAACCCUAAAAGAAUUCCAUGCCCUUGCUCAAGAUGUGUAAACUUCAAAAAGAAGUCGAUUAAAGUCAUUAGGGGACACUUGUUUGAUUACGGCUUUAGUUUGGGCUAUACAAAUUGGAUUUGGCAUGGAGAACCUACUUUGUCCUCUUGUGCUAGUGCACCUAUUGGCUCUCCUCCAAACCCUCAGUUUUGUUUUGAAACUGUUAAUAUGUGUGAAGCUGCCUUUAAUGAAGGUGAUUAUGAUGAGGAGUCGUAUGAGUUCAAUAAGUUUGUCGAGGAAGCAGAAAGACCAUUAUUUGAUAAUAGUGACCACACUAAGUUAGAAGCAUUAGCGCAACUUCACAAUUUGAAAGCUAGGUUUAGUAUGAGUGAUACUUGUUUUUUUGAGUUACUUGCCACUGUUGGGUCUUUGCUUCCAAAAGAUAAUGUACUGCCUCAAUCUCUAUAUGAAGCAAAGAAGACUCUCUCCAAUUUGGGGUUGCAAUAUGAGAAAAUACAUGCAUGUCCUAAUGACUGCAUAUUAUUUAGGAAAGAGUUUUCUGAUGCAAUUACUUGUCCUAAGUGUGGUGUGUCUCGUUGGAAGCUAAAGAAGGAUAAAUCUGUUAAAAUGAGACAACCAGCCAAGGUGUUGUGGUAUUUUCCUAUAAUUCCCAAAUUUAAACGCUUGUAUAAAUCUGCUUCAAUUGCUGAAAUGCUUACUUGGCAUGAAGAUAAGCGAACUAAGGAUGGACACAUGCGUCAUCCAGUCGAUUCUCCUGCUUGGAAGUUGGUUGAUUAUAAGUGGCCCGAGUUCGCUUCUGAAUCAAGAAAUCUUAGGUUAGCAUUGUCAGCUGAUGGUAUCAAUCCACAUAGCUCUAUGAGUAGUAGAUAUAGUUGCUGGCCCGUAAUAUUGGUGACUUAUAAUCUUCCUCCAUGGUUAUGCAUGAAGAGGAAGUUUAUGAUGUUAUCUCUAUUAAUUUCUGGUCCAAAACAGCCGGGAAAUGAUAUAGAUAUCUACUUAGAGCCAUUGAUUGAUGAUCUACGAUCUUUGUGGGAUGGGGUUAGUGAUGUCUAUGAUGCACAUGGGAAAGAAUACUUCACUCUUAGAGCUGUUUUAUUGUGGACCAUCAAUGAUUUCCCCGCAUAUGGAAACUUAUCGGGGUGCACCACAAAAGGGUACAAAGCAUGUCCAAUCUGUGGUGACAACACUUCUGCUAUGCAUUUGUCCCAUAGUAGAAAAAUGUCUUACGGUUGCCACCGUAAGUAUUUGUCACGCCAUCAUCCAUAUAGGAGGCAGAAGAAGGCAUUUAAUAAUGAGCAAGAAUUCGAAGUUGCACCAGUACCACUAUCUGGAGAGGAAGUGUUCAACAGACUUCAGCAUGUUGACUAUGAGUUUGGGAAGGGAAAGAAGAAGAAGAAGAACUCGGCUGUAGAUGCAGCUGCACCUUCUUGUUGGAAGAAAAAGUCUAUUUUUUUUAACUUAGAGUAUUGGAAAUCUCUUCAUGUUCGCCAUGCUCUUGAUGUGAUGCACAUUGAGAAGAAUGUUUGCGAAAGUGUGAUUGGUACUUUGUUAAACAUGCCUUUCAAAACAAAAGACAGUGUUGCUGCCCGCUUAGAUAUGGUUGAAAUGGGUGUAAGAGUUGAUUUGGGUCCAAAAAUUGGGGAGAAAAGAACAUAUUUACCUGCUGCCCCAUAUAGUUUGUCAAGGGCGGAGAAGAUAAAAAUGUGCAAAUCUCUUUUGUUUAUGAAGGUCCCUGAUGGUCAUUCAUCAAAUAUCAAAAAUCUGGUUUCCAUGGAAGAUUUGAAAUUGUAUGGUUUGAAGUCUCAUGAUUGCCACAUGUUGAUGCAACAAUUGCUUCCGGUGGCCAUCCGUUCGGUGCUUCCCAAACAUGUGAGAAUUUCUAUAAUGAGGCUAUGCUUCUUCUUUAAUGCUUUGUGCACUAAAGUGGUUGAUGUGUCAAAGUGGAUGUACCCUUUUGAACGAUUUAUGAAAGUACUAAAGGGGUAUGUCCGCAAUCGUUUUCAUCCUGAGGGUUGCAUAGCUGAGAGCUACCUUGGAGAAGAAUCUGUUGAGUUUUGCUCCGAGUUUUUACAACAAUGUAGUUCAGUUGGUGUUCCUAAGGGUCCAUCUAAGGUCUCUGGCCCACUUUCGGGUGCGAAGCUGAAGUCAAUAGAUGAAGAAGUGAGAGACCAGGCACAUCUCCAUGUGUUGUUCAAUAAUGCUGAGGUGGAUCCAUAUAGAAAGACACAUAAGAAGAUUGUGGAGCAACAAUACGGAGGAAAAAAGAAGAGCAAAAAGUGGCUACAAAGUGAGCACAAUCGCACCUUUGCCGAUUGGUUUCAAUCCAAGGUGUUAGCUGAACUUAAGUGUAGACCAAACAAUGUCUCUCAUACAGUGAGGUGGUUGGCUGGAAAACCAAGUUUUACAGUUUUUACUUAUGAAGCCUAUCGAUAUAAUGGAGCUAAAUACUUCACAAAGUAG